AUAACGCGCGUGUGGAUUUGAAAUGAUGUUUUGAACGAUUUGAAUGUUUUAGAAAAGUUAAACAAGUGAGACGGUGUUGUCUUUAUAUAUAAAUACUACUAAAGGAAUCAUGUCCAAUCCCAUGGUUCUUAUGUACAAGAAACAUGGCAGCACCGUCACCCUGGAUGUAAUCUGCUCAUUAGCAUUAGCAUUAGCUUUAGCAUGGAGGGCUUCCCAUUCCCUGUAGCUGGAAAUUUAUCUGAGGGAAGUUCAGGAAAAGACCAAGGAGCCAGUGAAGGGAGAAAAGGAAAACCUUGCAGAGCUUGUGUGGACUUUAAAUCAUGGAUGAAAUCUCAGAAGAAACAGGCUUCUUCAGUCACAACACAGGUAGCUGAGAAUGAGAAAGCUGUGGAGUGCCCACUGGACAGAGAAGAGCUGGGGAGGAGCUCAUGGUCAUUGCUCCACACUAUGGCAGCAUAUUACCCUGAUACACCCACCAAAACACAACAGGAUGACAUGACGCAGUUCAUCAGUCUGUUUUCGAAAUUCUUCCCAUGUGAAGAAUGUGCUGAGGACCUAAGAUCCAGAUUGAAAACAAACCACCCGGACACCAGCAGCCGUCACCAUCUCUCACAAUGGCUUUGUCAUCUCCAUAAUGGCAUCAACAUCCGGUUAGGAAAACCAGAGUUUGACUGCAGUAAAGUGGACGAGAGGUGGAGAGAUGGCUGGAAAGAUGGCUCAUGUGAUUGACAAACCAAAACAAAAUCAAUUCCCAGAGGAAAAUAAACCAGACCUUUAACUGCCCUUGACCUUGCUGCCUUUGGUCAUAAUAAUUGUGGCUUACUUUGUGUAGCAUGUCAUGUAAAAACAUUUAUAUAUGUGAUGAAGAAUGUGCUGCUCUUUUGCCCAUAAUAUGAUCAUUCAUAUCUUUAUUGAUGUACCAUGACUUUUCCAAUUCAAAAAUAAUUUAAAGGCUGCUGGUUAAUGUUUGUGUUGCUGAUUAAAAGGAUUAAUGAUGCUAAUUAAUCUAAUCAUGUGAUUGCUACAGUUUGUCCAAUGUUAUAAUUUGCAUUAAAGGAAAUACACUGUGAAGCACUUAGAAUCAAAUGUCAAUCAACACAUGAUGUGCAAUAGAUCAUGUAAAGAAACAAACUUUUGAUCAAGGGUCAUAUGAGAUAUCUUCCUUCUGUCUGUCUACAUAUUUGUCUUUUUUGUCAAUACACAUACCAAGUAUGUCAGCAGCAUAAAUAAGAGCAGAACUUUGCAUUUGAACCACAGCCUGAAAUAUUUUAUGAAUAUUCUGAAUGUCUAUUAAUGACAAAUUAAAGUACACAAUUAUGGCCUA